CAGAAACCACAGUCGCACCAGCAACUCUUUUAAAAUGAUCACAUGCAUGUUGCGUUUAGUCUCGGUCUUCAUCUGUGUUGAAGGUGUGUUUGGUUCUGAUGGAGAUGCAAUAAAGUCAGUAUCAGUGACUGAGGGAGAUUCUGUCACUCUAAACACUGAUGUUACUGAAGUACAGAGAGAUGAUCAGAUACUGUGGAUGCUUGGAUCUAAAGACACCCGUAUCGCUGAACUCUAUAAGCACAGCGUUGAUAUGUUUAGCAGUAAUGAGAUGUUUGGAGACAGACUGGAGAUGAACCCUUUGACUGGAUCUCUGACCUUCAGAAACAUCAGAACCACAGACUCUGGACUUUAUAAACGACGGAUCCACAGCAACAGCGGGAAAUCAGAGAAGAUAUUCAACCUUACUGUCUACGAUCACCUGCCUGUUCCUCGCAUCACCAAGUGUUCAUCAUCUAAAACCUGUUCAGUGUCCAGAUGUUCACUGCUGUGUUCGGUGGUGAACGUGGGUCAUGUGACUCUCUCCUGGUACAAAGGAAACAGUUUAUUUUCCAGCAUCAGUGUGUCUGAUCUCAGCAGCAGUCUCUCUCUACCUCUGGAGGUGGAAUAUCAGGAUAAAAACACCUACAGCUGUGUGAUCAACAACCCCAUCAGAAACCAGACCAGACAUCUGAACAUCAGUCAGCUCUGUCCACGAUUUCCUUUCAGCUCUGUUGGCACUUCUGUGAUUCCGUCCCUGAUUUAUGCUGCGGUGGGCGUGGCCGCCGUCGCGCUGCUCGUUUAUUACGUCAGAUCCAGAACGGACCGGAAAGAGAAAAAGCCACCAUCACAACCCCAGCAACUCUUUUAGACGCCAGGUGGCAGUAACUUCACUCAAGUUCAUGUGCGCUUCCCAAACGUAAAUAAAAGCCCAGCUAAAGUGCUUCCUCGCAGUCGACCAACAUUCUUUUUUCAUUAAAUCAUCAGUUUGAUAGCA